AUGUCUGGAGAGGCCGCUGCAUCUAUGAGUGACCUUGAAUUUGGCAGUGACAAGGGGAAGGAGCCAAGCAUGGAAGGCAGGUGGCGUGGGUCAUGGUAUGAGCAGUUUGUGCAGCCCUGCCUGGUCGAGCUGCUGGGCUCUGCCCUCUUCAUCUUCAUCGGGUGCCUGUCGGUGAUCCAGAGCGGGCCGGAAACUGGGCUGCUGCAGCCGGCCCUGGCCCACGGGCUGGCCCUGGGCCUCCUCAUUGCCACGCUGGGGAACAUCAGUGGCGCACACUUUAACCCUGCCGUGUCCCUGGCUGCCAUGCUGGUCGGAGGCCUCAACCUGAUGAUGCUCCUUCCGUACUGGAUCUCCCAGCUGUGCGGGGGGCUGAUUGGGGCUGUCCUGGCCAAGGCGGUGAGUCCGGAGGAGAGGUUCUGGAAUGCGUCUGGGGCAGCCUUUGUGACCGUUCAGGAGCCGGAGCAGGUGGCGGGCGCAGUGGUGGCAGAGGUCGUCCUGACCACAGUGCUCACACUGGCUGUCUGCAUGGGCACCAUCAACCAGAAGACUCAGGGCCCGCUGGCCCCGUUCUCCAUCGGCUUCUCUGUCACCGCGGGCAUCCUGGCAGGGGGUGCUGUGUCGGGAGCCUGCAUGAACCCUGCCCGUGCCUUUGGACCUGCUGUGGUGGCCAACCGCUGGGACUUCCACUGGAUCUACUGGCUGGGCCCGCUCCUGGCCAGCCUGCUUGUAGGAGCGCUCAUCAGGUUCUUCAUUGGAGAUGCAAAAACUCGCCUCGUCCUAAAGGGACGCUGA